AUGUCGUCUCCAACUCUUCACACCGCCGCCAUCCCUGCGGUAACAAUCCAGUCGCACGCCUCCAACCUUCUCCAACUCCGAGAUAAGACGUUGCUGUGCGUCUGGUUCGGCGGCUCUCAGGAAGGCCUGCCGGACAUCAGCAUCUGGCUGUCUCGCCAAGAGCCCGGUUCCAACACUUGGUCCACCCCGCAGAAGAUCUCGUCCGACACCAACCGCAGCUGCCAGAACCCCGUGCUCUUCAGAGCCCCCAAGACGGGCGAGAUUUGGCUGUUCCACACUUCACAAGACGCCGGUAACCAAGAUGGCUGCUACAUCAUGGCUCGUACGUCGAACGAUAACGGCGUGACGUGGUCUGAGCCGCGGUUCCCUCUCAAAGGUGUUACCGGGGCAUUUGUACGCCAGCCCUUGGUGGUACUGGGUGACGGCACCUGGGUUCUGCCUGUGUUUCACUGCCGAUCAACGCCCGGGCAAAGAUGGAUCGGCAACAACGACAUUUCCGCCGUUUUCUACUCCAAGGACGACGGUCAGACGUGGACUGAGAAUGUUGUUCCUGACAGCAUCGGUUCAGUGCAUAUGAACGUCAUUGCACCUGGCAAGAAGAGCACAGAUUACGUUGCUUUCUUCCGCAGCCGCUGGGCAGACAAUGUCUACCGAUCAACCUCUCCCGAUGGUUUGAAUUGGGCUGCACCCAAGCCGACGUCGUUGCCGAAUCCCAACAGCGGUAUUUGCGCGGCUCGCCUACCAUCAGGCAACCUAGCCAUUGUGUUCAACCGUUCUGCCGCGGAGCCGGACAUGGCUAAGAGGGAAGGCUUGUACGACGACAUCACGCCCGAGGAUGACAAGCGUCCGAACCAAGAGGCUGUCAACGGCAAGACGGCUAUCUGGGGAACACCCCGUAAGACCUUGACGGUGGGCAUCUCGAGCGAUGAAGGCUUGACAUGGAAGGAGAGAGUCUUGGAGGAGGGUGAUGGUUUCUGCAUGACGAAUAACUCGAAAGAGAAGACAAACCGUGAGCUCAGCUACCCAAGCAUUUUUGUGGACUUGGAAAAGCCGGUGGUUCACAUUGCGUUUACGUUCCAUCGCCAGUACAUCAAGUAUGUUAGGGUUGACAAUAUUGAGGACUGGGUUCAAGGAGUAUGA